AUGAACAGAAAUAGCCGGCUGUCGAGCGGAAGUGCUCUGUUCGAGGCCACUCUGAAUGGAACCGCGGACAGGCCGUUUAUACCUCCGCUCAGAUGUGAUCCCAGCCCCUACAAUAUCCCAGCUCAAUUGGAAGAUUACCGUUCAGCCGAGGGAAACGAUAGGGAAAAGCGGCUUAGAAGACUCUGGGAGCAAUUACCUCCCACUAGUCACUCUCAGAAGGAUGGGACUAGGACAGUAAUGCCCAUAGCAUUGGCGCAUGUAGACGACUUGACUCCCGAACGUGCUACUCAACUUCGAAAGAUGUACGACGAUGAAUUACUUGGUCGAUGCCGUCACCCAACGUCCGUACGCGACGUGGACCCACACGCUCUCGAGGUAGACUGGAGUGGGUUUAUUUCCUAUGCCAAUGCAAAAGAAGCUGACGGCAAUGGUCAUCUUGAUGCCGGAGAGCUGGAUACUGCAUUAUCGAAAGCUGGACUGGAGCUUGACACGGCCACUCUUGCUGAUUUUAUGGCUGCCCUGGCCGACUCACCCCAUUCCCGACGAAUCACGUUUCCCGAAUUUCGCGACUUCUUACUACUUCUUCCAAGAAAGGCCUCGACACACGAAAUUUAUCAGUUCUAUAAGGUGAAGAAAUUCCUGGGUGAUGAUGGGCGAGGAGUCGCAAGGGUUAAUAUGGAGGGUGAUGUCAGUUUAUCGGCAGAGGAUCGACCUCCGCCAAUAAAACCGCAAGCUCGACACACGGCUCAGGGACUGAGUUUACCUGAGCCUCCAUCUACUGAACGUGUUGACUUUCCCCCGCCCUCAUUGGACGCUCAUCAGGAACAAGACUCGACACAAAGCUUAACAGCAGAAAGGGAACAACAGGAGCAAUCUAGGGAGAGUUGGCUAGGUGGAGAGCAAGCGAUUAAGUUUUUGUUGGCUGGUGGUAUCGCCGGUGCUGUGUCAAGGACGGCAACCGCCCCAUUCGAUCGCCUCAAGGUUUUUCUCAUUACCCGGCAGCCAGACCUGGUCAACAGUCUUAAACGGCAGGGAGCAAACUCGGUUUCGGGGCCUGAAGCUGCAGGGAAAGUUCCCGACAUCGCAGCUGGGAGCGCUCGGGGUAUAGGACGUGCAAUAGCACACUUGUAUGCUGAGGGUGGACUGGCUGCAUUUUGGGUUGGAAAUGGGCUGAAUAUUGUCAAGAUUUUUCCGGAAAGUGCAAUCAAAUUUCUCUCAUAUGAGUCUUCCAAGCGGUUUUUUGCGCGGUACGUUGAUAAGGUCGACGAUUCACGAAACAUCAGUGGCACGAGCCGCUUCAUAUCCGGAGGAAUCGGUGGGAUUACCAGUCAGUUGGCCAUCUAUCCGAUUGAAACCCUCAAGACCCAAAUGAUGAGCGCAACCGGUGGGAGGCAACCCGUUCUACCGGCGAUCAAACGACUCUGGUCGAUGGGAGGGACCCGAGCAUUCUAUCGCGGAUUGACGAUUGGCUUAGUCGGCGUAUUCCCAUACUCAGCAAUCGAUAUGUCCACGUUUGAAGCUCUCAAGCUGGCCUACGUGCGCUCAACAGGGAUAUCAGAACCCGGCGUGCUUGCUCUCCUCGCAUUCGGCAGCAUAUCCGGUUCGGUCGGAGCAACUUCCGUAUACCCACUGAAUCUCGUACGCACUCGGCUACAAGCAUCUGGUUCAUCUGGUCACCCCCAAGUUUAUGAUGGAAUCCUUGAUGUAGCCCAAAAGACUAUGAAGAAAGAAGGAUGGCGAGGUUUCUACAAGGGUUUGCUCCCAACUCUGGCAAAGUCUCGAUAUCUUAUGUGGUUUAUGAGACCAGCAAACGCAGACUCGGCGUCUAAUCGGUCUCAAAUCCAAAUGGUCAUUCCGCUUUCGCUUUAG